CACGCGCCCUGUCUGCCAGUGCCGUGUAUGUGCGCCUGCGCAGUGCAACCCAAACUGAGAAACUGAGACGAGGCUCGAGCCUCAGCAGCGCACAACAACCACCGGGGAGGAAAACGGACCAAAACACCGAACGACAACAGGGUCCAAGGUCCAUAUACGCACCGCGCCCCGCUGGACAUUCAACGGGAUAACAGUGGGAGAGAAGGCGGAAGGAGAGUGGAGGCUGGCGGGGGUCGGUAGACCGAGGACCUGCUUGUCUGUUCGCCUGCAGACGUUUGGAUGUAACAAGGACUGAGAGGACGAUAUGACGUCCCUAAGGUGGACUCGGCUCUCCAUCCCGUCGAUCCUUGUCAAGGUCCUGGUCCUGGUCCUGUCCCGCUCUGUGUCAGCAGCCCGCUCUGACAGGAACAUGGUGUCAGAGGAGUAUGUGGGCGCCACGGUGAACGCCACCGUGCUGGACGUACGAGGAAACACCAUCCACCAGAUGAGCAGCGAUGAUGGGACGUAUGGACAGAACUCUCCAAAAGUGGACACCAGGGGUGUCAUCAUCGCACCUGCACCGCAUCACGGAGUGGUGGACCGGCAGGGCUGCGACCCCAGCACUCGUUUCCUGGUUCCCCCUCGGGGUGUCCACUGGGUGGCGCUGCUGCAGAGAGGAAACUGCACCUUUAAAGAGAAGAUCUUGAAAGCGGCCGCCUACAACGCCACAGCCGUCCUCAUCUACAACAACUCUUCCGACAAAACGGUCAAGAUGGGACACGAAGGUACUGGUGACACUGUGGCAGUAAUGAUCACAGAGGCCUAUGGUAAAGAGAUCCUGGCUCACCUAGAGAGGAACCUGACGGUUCUGGUGUCUGUGGUGGUGGGUCAACGUGGUCCCACCAAAAACAUCAACCGUGGCUCACUGGUCUUCGUUUCCAUCUCCUUUAUUGUCCUCAUGAUCAUCUCCUCAGCUUGGCUAAUCUUCUACUUCAUCCAGAAGAUCCGCUACACCAGCGCCCGCGACCGCAGCCAGCGUCGUCUUGGUGAUGCAGCUAAGAAAGCCAUCGGCAAGUUGACCACAAGGACAGUGAAGAAAGGAGACAAGGAAACUGAUCCAGACUUUAACCACUGUGCGGUGUGUAUUGAAGCGUACCAGCUGAAUGAUGUGGUUCGCAUCCUGCCCUGCAAACAUGUCUUCCAUAAAAUGUGUGUGGACCCGUGGCUGAACGAGCACUGCACCUGUCCCAUGUGUAAACUCAACAUCCUCAAAGCUCUUGGCAUCAUGACCAGUCUUCCCUGCACGGACACUGUGGUGCUGGACGUUGAGCGUCUGGGUGUCAGUCAGGCAUCUGGCAGCCAGAGGGCGCUGCUGAGUGACAGCAACCAACCAUCCAUCAGCCUGGAACCGCUCAGCCCGCCCCACCCUGAGGCCACACCUACUGACAUCACCAUCGCCGUGACCAGUGGUGGUCACUUCUUCAACAGAAACUCGAUGUCUCCUCGCAGUGUUGUCUGUGAGAUGGAGUUGUCCGAUGUCCAGGCCUCCCUUGACUUAUAUGAUGACAACAAAUCCUGAGGCCCAUUUUCAUGGUUACCACCCCUCCCCACUCCACCACCACCGCCAUCUCCAUUUGCUGAUGGGCAGACAGCGUUUUAUGGAUGCAGGAAGUGUUAGAAGAGUGUUUCUUUUUGAACGGGGGAUAACAAGAAUGUGAAUGAACUUUUGAACUUUUAGUCAUUUAUCCCAUCAGACUUUCCUCAGUCAUGGAACAUGGACAGUCUGGAUCCUGGUCCCAAUUCAGACCUGGUAGCUCGACACAUAGCACACUUUGGAAAACUUGGAGCACUCAGAGCUGGUAGUCGAGUCAAAUUGUUUUAAACAUGUUAAUAAUUGAACUGAAUUCCAGAUCCAAGUGCAGCCCAGGAACCAGAACCUGAACUAGAUUCAUCUGGUAAAACUGAAAGUAAUAUUGUUUUCGUUGAAUUCCUAGAGAGGUUCAUGGAAAAGUUCUGGACACUCUAUAAAGCGCUCUUCUGUUCCUGGGAAAAGGCUCCUGGAAUAGUUCCUGAGCUCCUGAAAACCUCCUGAAAUGAUUUUCCUAAAAGAUUCCUGAGUUUCUGGAAAAAAUUAUGGGGCUCUUUGAAGGAUUCUGGAACAGUUCCUAAACUGUUCCUAUAUCAGGUUCCUGGAUUUCUAAAGAGGUUUUUUGGUUUUGAAAAUACUCCUCCUCCUCCCCCUGAGUGCCUAAAAGGUUUCUUAAAAAGUUUAGAGCGUUCCAAAGUUCCCGAGCUCCUAGAAAAAUUCCAGAGAUCCUCGUAAGGAAACUCCUAAACUCCUAAGGAGUUUCUUUGGAUUCCUUGACAGCUUCUUGGACUUCAUAAAGAGGUUCCUUGAAACAUUCAUUGGAUUUUUAAAAGUCUCUUGGAAAAGAGAUCCUAAAAAUGCCCUGGAAAAUCUUUCUGACUUUCAUUAACAUUUCCUGGAAAACUUCUUUAGCUCUUUAAAGGUCCUUGGUUUCCUGGAAGGGUUUCUUUGAAAAGUUCCUGAUUUCCUUAAAAAGGUCUUGGUGUUCUUAAAAGCAUCUGGAAACAUUUCUGAUCUAUGUAAAUGUUUCUGGGGUUUCUUGUUCCUAGGAAAGUUCCUGAGUGCCUAAAUGAUAACUGGAAAUGUUCUUAAGGUAUGAAAAAAGGGUACGUUCCUGGAAACAUUGCUAGGCUCUUCAAAAAGUUCCAUGGAUUCCUGGAAAUGUUCCUCAGUUCCUAAAAAUGUUUUUGGAAACAUUCCUAUAAAGAUUCCUGUAGUGGUUCUUGAGGCUUUAUAAAGGUUCCUGUCUUCCUAGAAAAUAUGAACCUAGAGGGACCUGAAAGCUUCAGGACCAAAACCAGAAAAAAAAGUCAGAGAAUCUGACCCAGAAAAAGCUGUCAGUUUUUUUCUGAUAUUCCACAUUUAAUCAGUCAUAUGUCAUAUGACAUUUGGAAUUCUUUAACCUGACCUUCUGAUUGGAUGAAGAUUACAUUGUUGACAGACUCUUCUGGACUUCGGGCAAAGUCUGGAGUCUGUUUGAAAACAUGGGCCUGGAUCAGAAAUACUCAACUAUAAAUACUGACUGAGCUGGUUCUUUUGUCAACAGUGAGACUGGAAGCAGGACCAGAGGAAGACCUGGACCCAUAUCCUCCCUAGAGACUCUGGAGGAACAGUUAUGUGAGCAGUGUUAACUCCCCUGUAGCAAAAAAGAAAAACAAACUCUCUCUGUAGAACAAAGAGACUUUAGAUUUUAAGGAACAGUCCAACAUUUUUGCAAACCUCUUGCUCUGUGUUCAGUAACACGGAGUUCCCCAUGGAGACAUCCUAGGCCCUCUGCUCUUCUAAUUAAACCUUAUGACUUAACAGGAUUCAACAUGUCUUUAACACUCUUGUUUUCUUCUCCAGUGUCAGAGAAGAACACAAGAAGCUUAGGAAAGCACAAAUACCGGAAGCAGCCAGAAAUGCAAACUCUAUCAAAGGGAAAAUUAAACUCCAACUAUCUCAAGCAUGACUGAUUUUUAAUACUCUUACUGAACUUCCUACUUAGCAGUCUGUUCUGUCAUCAGUUGGUUUAGUUGACUGUUGAGUCAACACAUCUGCAGACCUCACAUCUUGGGUCCCAAGGUCUGUGAGCCAAUGAGAACGGGGUCUCCUGGAGGCAAUUUGUUUUCCUAGCAUGGUAAUUUAAAGUUCCUCCUCUCAACAAAGGCUGACAUUAAAUCCUACAAGGUUAGAUUUUGGGGUAUGUUUUAAAAGGCUUGCUGUGAUUGAGUGAUUCCAUAGCCAUCCUAGGGAGAAAAUUAUCGCUUCCUGGAGUGAGGUGAGUGACUUCUUGUACUGUCACAAAUCGUGUUUUUACCCCAUUUUGUCCAGAAAUCGAGUUUUCAUUCGAAUGAAGCUCGAAUUUGAAACAGAGUUUUUAUAAAAUCAUACAACCAGAACUUGACCAAAUGCUUGCUUCCAUCCACUCCUUUGGUGUGACUAUGAAUUCACUGGAGAUAAACAGCCGGCCAUUAAAUCAUUCCAGAAGAUGAGGAUAUAACAAGGUGUGUGUAUGUGAGGAAGAUUACAGUCUUCCCAUGGCUCCACACAGAUCUGAUGUCUUAAGUUCUUUACUGGAAGUGAUGUUUAAGUUAAGUUUCAGGGUCGUCAUUGUUUAUUUUGUCUGUUUCUGUUUUUAUUCACACCUUACACAACAGAUAAUAAUUUUGAUACACAUGUACACUUUUAAUCUCCAGUGUUUCCACUCAUGGCUAUUAUUGUACAAACUAUUCUCUUGACCAAUUGUCUGGUCAGAAAACAGUAAAAACUGUCUGUGGCAUUUUUCUAAUGUCUCACGUCUUCAAAUGGCUUUGUUUGACCAACAGUCCAAAACACAGUGAUUCAGAUUAGUGGUAUAAAAGAGAGAAAAACACAAAACAUUAAGAAGCCGAAGCCAAAACGUUUUUGGUAUUUUGGCUUGAAAACUAACAAUAAUCAGGUGGACGUUAGCAUCACUGUUGCUGACACACAGCACGAAGUUAAAACUGUUUUAAACUAUGAAUGUUCCAUCUUGUUACACGAAGACAUUUAAAGGGAACGCCUACUAAAGUGACACACCUGCUUUCUCUCUUCCUACUGGCUCACAGCAGUGGAGUCCUCAGGUGUGACGACAUCUGUGAUGCUAACUGCUGUUCGUAUGUCUCCCGUUUGUGUUUCCUGAAGUGAUGGACUGCUCCUUUAAAGUGUAUUAAACAGCUUCUGAAGUAAUCAGUGUGUAAUAAUCAGCUCCGUUAAUGGGGCUCAAUAUAUAAACUGCAUUAUAUGAUCUAUAACCUGACAGACUGAUCAUUAUUGUCUCUGAAGUGACCUGAACACGUCCUGAUGGAAUCCUGAGGACCCGUCUGUCCUCCUCUGUCUGUCCUUGUCUCUGUGUCACAUGUUACUGAUGGUGAUGACAAUGGAGGAUGUGUGUGAUGCUUCAGUUCACUGUGUCUAUUACUGCCUCAACAUUAAAGUGUCAUUAUCGCCUUUA